AUGGCUCCAGUACCCAGUGGCGUAACUCCUGUAACAUCUACUUCCCUGCUUGGUCUGCGGCAGGCAUCAGACAUGCUAGAGCAGCACGCUGCCGUCACCAAGGAAAAGCGCACCAGUCAUCAAUAUUCUCAAAUCACCAGGAAAUCCAAUGGAGAAGCCAACACGCUCGCUGAUGUUGUCAAAUCUCUUGCCCGCCGGGACAGCGACGAAAAUACGGUCUCCCGGGUAUCCGAUACCGACUAUGCCAGCCUGCUGGAAUGGAUACGGUGCGAGAGAAUGAAAAAGCUGCCACCAGAAGGGAGUAGUUUUGACAAAGCCCUUGUAUGGGCGGCCUUGUUUGUCGAGCGUGUACACUCAUUUGAUUCGGAGAUUGCGCACUUUGCAGGCGAUAGUCAUCUCGCUGCUCAGCUUUCUUAUGGAUAUUGUGCGAGCCUACUUGAGUUGGGUGAGCAAAAUGCCUCCGCCCUUAUGGAUCUCUUUGGCUUCUUUUACCGCUGCUCUACCGGUCUCGGUAACCUGCUGGAUCGUGCAGAGCUCUUUUUGGUAUCCUCCGAUAUCAAGGAUCAGCUUAUUCUCGCGUUGGCAGACUUGGUUACUCUCGUUUCUUGCGUUGCCAGACAUUUUCAUCGAUCGCUUCUCUCCUCGGAGUCGGUGUCAAUUGAUAUCUAUCGCACAUUUCCCAGUCCAAUCGAUAGCUUCCGUGGUCGUUGCGAGCACGUGUCGGAACUCAUGUGGCAUCAUCAAUUGACGCGAGAGGGGCUUGAUGUGGAUAAAGUGGUCGGAAUACAUACGCUGAAGGACUGGCUGCAGCCUGAUGACCCGGCACUCGCUCAUGUCACGGAAGCCUUGGUCCCGUCUGCCCAGGAGCGCGAGGAGGCCACCUGUAUGUGGGUGAAGCCAUAUUUGACACGGUUCUUGAAAGGCAAGCAGCAGGUGCUUUCUAUCACUGGGAAACCGGGAUCCGGAAAGACGGUCUUGUCGACCGUGAUAAACGAUUAUCUGCAGCAUCCCGUAGGAGGGAUGAAGUACACGCCAAUCUUGGCACCUAUCAACGGUCGCAUUCCUGUCAACACGACUCCGACCGCCAUAGCCAAGACGAUUCUGUUGCAGAUGUUUAACAAACGUCUCGGCAACGUCCAGCUAUAUCAGAUUUUGGCCGAUGCUUACACUAACAGCAAAUCAACUGUUGACGAAAAAUCACAUGACGACUUGCUUUGGAAUACUAUCUCAAGUGCACUCCAGGCCAGCCUGGUCGGUGCUAGAGAACUGGUCUUGGUCCUUGAUGGUGUUGAUGAGGCCAGCUGCGGAGAGAUGGCCAUGUCGCAUCGUUUGCAUGAAACUGUGUCCAAAACCCCUUCCAUGAAACUGAUCAUGCUUGCUUCUCCGGCAAUAAAGUCAAUGCCUUCCGAGACGACAGUGCAGGUGACUCUAGGAUUCAUUUUUGAUGACAUUGCGGCAGUCACGCGCAAGAUUCUUACCCAGAGCCACGCGUUUAAUGCUAUGUCGGCUGAAGACCAGGAGAUGACGGUCGUUAAGGUCACAGAAGCCUCCGAUGGAUCUUUCCUCUGGGCGAAAUUGGCCUCGAAGCGCCUGCGCGAUGAGAACCCCCCGAAUAAGGCCGCAUUUUCCAAAUCCGUGGAUAGUCUUGUCCAGGCUGGAUACAAAAUCUUCGAUCUUGUCUCAUACACCUUGCAAUCAAAACUAAAUGAGGAUACGAAGAAGACCUUGCUCUGGCUAGCUACUGCAAAUCGCCCUCUCACCCAGCGAGAAUUAGCUGCUCUUCUCUCCAUCCAGCCCGACAGGGCUGCCGUCAUCGAGAACCAAGCCGUCGACAUCCCUCACCUGCUGAAACCGGUUGCUUCGCUUGUAUUUCUCUAUAAUGAGCUGGUCUACCUUAGACAUGCACAAGUGCGCACCGCUAUUCUGGACGUUAUCUCAAAGCACAACCUACUGCCCGCGAUUAAGGAUCGCAAAGUGGACUUUGCACAGAGACUCUUGUUAUACUCAAAACAUACUCUGACCGGAAAUCAUGAUCCCUCGUUGGAAGCAAUGAAUAAGCGGAUCACCGACGAACUGCUGGAGAAACAUUGUCUGCUGGACUUUGCGCUUCGCUAUUGGGCAAGCUAUGUCAAUAUUGCAUUUGGUUGCACCAACAACCAAGAGCUCAAUACAGCGGCUAAGAAUUUGCGGUCGGUUUUUCCUACCAGCUCUGCUGUGCCACUUCUAGAGAUGACCACAUGGGCGAACAAGGCGACGCCAUCGCUCCGGUCCAUUCAUGGGAUUCAAACGAGCUUGUACCGUCAAAUCCUGAGCAGCAAUCACCCAGCCACCCUACAAGCCAUCAUCUCUCAGGCACUAUUCUACAGACAGAUCUACAGUACUGUGCCUGCUGAGAGCACUCGGAUCUUUUAUGAGGCGGCGAAGAUAUGUCAGAAUGUGCUAUCAGUCCGGCAUCUCAUCACUAUGCAGAUGACAAAAUUCUUCCUGGAUACUACGACCGAUCAAAUUACUGAAUCUAAGACGGAAGUCUUGACCUGGCGCGUCGAGAUGCUCAAGGUGCUGUUGGAAUGCUACAAGGUUCACCACUCAGCAACAAGCAUUGUGAUCACCUCUACGCUGAAGCAGUUAUCUGAGCACUAUUUGUUGGUCAAAGAGGACCAUAAAGCGCAGGAGAUUAUUGAGUCUCUCGAGGGUUCAAUUACCAAUAGCACACCCCAGCGAAGUGGAUCGCGGCAGAUGGACGAGUCUUUGCUAGUCCAUUUACACGGUCGGAAGGGUCCAACGGAGACAGGAACCCCUCUGACCUUUGAUGAUAUCGAGGCGGAUGAGCUGAUUACCUUCUCUUUUGAUAUAAAAACUCUUUUGGACCAGGCAGAGCAUCAAAGUGCAGAGCAGCAUGUUGUGGAGGCCGAACAAACGUAUGUGGAGCUGUGGCAGCAGGCUAGCCAUGCGUAUCAGUUCAACCACUCCACUGGGCACAAGCCCUCGAUGGUGCGAGGUGUUGUCGCCUACACGAAAUUCCUCCAAGGUCAGAAGAGAGACAAUGAGGCCGCAUCAAUCCUCGCAGGAUUCUGGGAAGAGUAUGAUAAAACCACUCUUAGCGCCGAACCUUUGGUGCCUCAUUUGUUGGAGAUUGCUCAGAUUAUGAAGUCCGUGGGACUGGCCGUACUAGCCCUCGAGGUCCUGAAGCAUUGCGCACAAAGUACUAACAAGAAGGGUGCUGCCUAUAAAGACGUGGAAAGGCAUAUCGAGUCCACAUCUCGGGAAGUGAUGCGCUCAAUUUCUACAACGUCGGUGAUGACGGAGUCAACCCUAACAGAAAUAGUAAAUAGCGCAUCAAGUGCCGAACAGGUUUCUAGUCGGUCGGCUCUCUCGCUGGUGGAAAUUUACAUGUCUCAACACCGCUGGCGUAAUGCCACAGGUGUUUUGAAACGAGUGCUGCGGAGUUUGUGGCCAGCGAUGUUUGCUCCAUCGCCCGAAGAAGUCGUUCUACCAUCAACCCAUGUUGAGUACUGUAUUGAACUCGCAGAGCGCCUUGCUGGCUGUUACCGCUAUCGGCAUCACUCGGUGAAGGAAGAAGAUACUCGGACCCGGCUAUAUCGUGCAGCCCGGCGUGAUCGGUCAGCAUGCGGAGAUCAAGUCUUGGAGCGAGUCACAGUGGACCUGCUUCGUCUAUACGAGCGGACAUUCCAGCCCGAAAAGGUCAUCACCAUCCACCAGGAUAUGCUGCACGAUUUCACUAAGCGGUUCGGUACGGAGCAUCCCGCUGUGUUCCAAAAGCUCUGGACCUUGGCAGAGCUUACGCGUCCACAUCCCAUCGCAGUGGAAUAUUACCACCAGAUUGUGCAGUUGCUGAACAAGGACUCGGAAACGUGUCACCCGGACGCUUUCGAGCCACUUCUGAUUGUGGCGACGGAGCUCUUGAAACAAGAUCGUUAUGCGGAUGCCCUCAAGCCUUGUCGAGUCUUGUUCAAUACCCUGCAAACCCCGAAUAUCAGCAAGAAAUUGCAGGACCAGACAUUUGUCCGGAAUAUCUACGAAGGUUAUGUUCACUGUCUGCGCGUGGCUAACAGUGAGGCUUCCGUGAUUCAUGAUGUGACCGUGCAGUAUCGCAAAUCGUGCAUUAGUCUGUUCGGUGCGAGCUCGUCAAUCACGAUACAAGCAACCAAAACACUCGCGAACAUCUGCCAAGAGUCCAAGGAAUACGAAACGGAAGCCGUUCAGCUCUACCAAGAGCUCUUGCAGGUCAAAUCCAGUGAAUUUGAGAUCGACCAUCAAGAUAUCCGCACCACCCUCGACACUAUAUAUGAACAACAAAGUGCUGCCUUGACAACUUCGAAAGUGGAGAAUAUGACUACGAAGGAGGUAGAGCAGGUGGUGUCUGUUCGCACUCAACGACUGGCCUCGAUCCGCUCCAGCUACGGGUGGGCUCAUGAAGAAGCACUUUCCCAGAUGGAAAAUAUUGUCUCGCUAUAUGUUAAGCAAGACAAGCUACAGGCUGCUGUGUCACUGCUACAGGAGGCAACAGUGCAAGUGCUGUCGACAGAGACAUCCUCAAUAAAGCUGGCUGUAGCGGCCAAGAGUAUUGCAGCCGGAUACAUUUCAGCUGGUCAAGUUCACAAGGCCAGGGAGCUUGCCGACGAGAUUUAUCUCCACAUAAUUAUCAAGGCCAGCAACAGCGCCAGUGCCCUUGGCUUUGACAAAACUUCGAACCGGCGGCUAGGACUUGGUUUCCUGGCGCAGCUUGAAUACACCAUCCAGCAAUCUACAGAUGACUCGACUACGCUGAACGAGAUCCACGCCGCCCUAACCACGGAGUAUCUAUACUUUGAAAAAUUCCGGGCGAUUCUCGCGUCAGAGACUUGCAAUCUGCAACAGACAGUGCCCAAGGUGGCUCGCAUGUACGCGUUCCUACUCAGUCGCCGCCGCCGAUUAGCUGCUACUCAGAUGGUGGAUCAAUAUACUAGCUUCUUCCUGAAGACUGAGGGCUCCAGUCUGGAUAUCGACUUUAACCAGGCCAAGAUCUUCAUUGAGACGGUUCUAGAGUACUUCAGCACUCAUGCCUCACGCGACUUUGCCCGUUCAGUGGCCAUCGCUAGUUACAACCGCGCAGCCCAGCAGCUCAAUUCUAAAGAUUACCAGUCUGCCUGCCAUCUGGCGUUCACGACAAUGAAAUAUAUCGGUGCCCGCCAUGGCUACUCGUCCCAAGCAACACUCAAAUUGGUGUUCAAGCUUGGUCUCCUCAUCGCCAGUAAAGAGAUCGACACUCAUCCAGGAGACUCAUCUAAGAAUUACAUGUCGAGCGUAUCGGGAAUGAUUCUCCGCGACACGCUUACUUAUUUCAAAGAGCACAAUGUCGAGUUCACACACCUGGAUGUGACGAGUGUCAAUAGCUUGAUCAAGGUUCUUGAUGAGCAACACGACUACAACUCCUUGGUCUGGGUUCUCACAUCCCUGUGGAACAACCGUGUGCAUGCCCUAUCACAGCCCCAGCACGCAUACAUCCUUGCUCUCGGGCGCAUGCUGGUCAUUAGUCGCUACCUCAUCGGUGACUACACGGCAUCCAUCAAGCUCGCAGAGGAUCUUGUAUACAACUGCGCUCGUGUCCAUGGUCCCCGCCACCCGAGCACGGUCGAGAUCACCGUCCUGCUAUCGCAGAUGUAUACUAGCGUGGCUCAAGGGUAUCAGAACCAGAAGACCCGGCGCGAGCUAGCCUAUCGGUACUAUCGUAAGGCCGCCGCGUUGCACGAGAACGCUUUACGCGUGUUCAUUGACCCGUCCUCAGCAUCUGCGAGCGACGUGGACAUGGAGGUUAUCUCGGGAAUGUCAUCGCCUUCUUCCGCAUCCAGUCCAGGUGAAAAUGAAGAAGGGAAACAUGUCCGACAGCACUUGCGCAUGCUUAAACUUGCCGUUGAGCGCCUCGGUGAUUGGCCCAAGGAUUACUCUGAAUAUGAACGGCUUAACAACGAUCUUUUUGGUGCAUUUGCGCAUGACCUGGAGGGAGUGGAAGGUGUUGAGAAAUGGAAUUUGCAAUCUUUUGGAUCUGGUCAGGCUGAGGCUAGUGAUGACCUAAUCUCUUUCCAUCGUGAGGGUCUUGCGAUUGCUGUUUGA